UGUGUGAAAUGUAUUACAUGAUGUUUAGUAUUGAAUUCAAAUUAGGUUAUUGUAAAAAUACUAAAUCAAUUUGGUUCAUGAACGCUAAAAACCAGUUGAAUGAAAUAUAAUUGUGAGUUUUGUGACAAUUUGCAUAUAUUUUGACAGUUUGUAAAUAAGUUUUGUUUUGUACUCGCCGUUUUUAUUACAUUUCAUUGAUAUUUGUACUAUGAUUCAUGAUAAAAGAAAUAUUAAAUAAUUUUUUAAAAACCCUAUAUCAUGUUCGAAUGUGAAAACCGAUAUCGUUACCAAUUUCACCCUCCGGAACUUCUGAAGUUUAUCUAACCGAAUUAUCAUUGUUUUAAAUAUCAAAUGGACGUUAUCAGUUAUCUACCCGACAAUCCUAGAUCCGUUUCCUUGACCGAUUCAUUAUAUGUGCGAUAAUAUAUUAAAUGGUGUUUUAAUUUGUGUUUAAACAUGGAAGUUCUGGGUUAUAUGAAUCCUUUUAAAGUUUAUCGUGAUUUCGUCCGUAACCCUAUAGAAUCUUUUGUAAGCGAACAGUACACGGGGUAUAAGAAGAAAACAAAUGAAAGCAUAACGAGUGUGAAAGAACUUUUAUAUAGAGCUGGUGUUGUGUCUGUGUUUUUGUCAGCAAUAUUGUGGAUUUCAAUAUUCUUGUAUGUUGUGUUCUACUACACUUAUAUGCCGAAUGUUACACACGUGCGACCUGUCCAUUUGCAGUUCAAAUCAUGUGAUGAGAAUAUGGGCGUGUGUUCCUUCCCUUCGGCACAUGUUCAACUAACAAGACGGACUCAUAUGUUGAUGUCUUCACAGCCAUACCGAAUAAAACUUUUGCUUGAGGUGCCAGAGACGCAGAUUAAUAAGGACUUAGGUAUGUUUAUGGUAUGUGCUCAGAUGCGAGCUUCGGGGGGUGUGUUAGUGUCAUCAUCAUGUAGAUCGACCAUGCUUCGACAUCGAUCAAAAUUACAUCAGAUAAUGCGGACAUUAGUUUACGCGCCGCUGUUAAUAUCAGGUUUUAACGAAGAGAAGCAAUUGAUUCAAGUGGAACUGUUCAGUGACUUCGAAGAUGAUCAGACACAUCCAGUUACGGACGCGUAUGUCGAGGUACAGUCGCGUUUCGUCCAAGUCUUAUCUUGCGAACUUCAGAUCGAAGCUCACUUCACGGGACUACGUUACGCCAUGUACUACUGGCCGAAGACCUCCGCGCUUAUUGGUAUUUCUUCAAAUUUAUUCUUCGUAUCACUUAUCUUUAUACUGAGCUGGUACCACUUACAGGAUGGUCUCCCUGAUGUCUUAAAGAACAAAUUGGGAUUAGAGAUAAAGAAAGAGAAAGAGGAAGAAGAUAAGAAAUUAUUUGGAAAAAUAAAAUUGGAACGAAAAGACUCUUUUCCCUUCAUCGAAGAAGAGACCCUUCUAGAAGAGUUCCAAAAAUUAGAGGAGAAGAAGAAAUCCUUAUCGCCGGCUGAACGAGGACGGAAAAUUGUAUCGGAGAAAUUAGAUUAAGACUGAUAAUAUAAGACGAUUUAUUUUUAUAUGUUUUAAACGUUAAUAAAUGGGUUGUAUUGA